CUGUUCUCUGUCCUGCUGGCAGUUUUCUGUUAUUGAAAGAGAACAACAGCAUGGGGGAAGCCGAGGUUGUUCCAGCCGACGAAAAACAGGCAGACUCGGGGAUCAGUCACAUCGAAGACUCGGUGGUAUGGAGUCAAGAAGUCGAGGUGUGCCUGUUCCAUGCAAUGCUAGGUCACAAACCCGUAGGGGUAAAUCGUCACUUUCACAUGAUCUGCAUCCGGGAUAAAUUCAGCCAGAAUAUUGGGAGGCAAGUGUCAUCAAAGGUGAUCUGGGACCACCUGGGAACUAUGUAUGACAUGUCAGCCUUGCAUGAGUCUGAAAUAUUGCCGUUUCCCAACUCAGAGAAGAGCUUCAAUCUCCCAGACGAGAUUAUUCAACAAGUAAAAGAAGGUAAACUGGUAUCCGAGGACGACGUGAAAGACGAUUUCAAAGAUGAACGAGACCCCCCAGCCAUGCAUGAAGAAGGUCUGAGUCCCAGUAUGGCUGCUGGCCAGGAUUUUGAGAGGUAUGGACAGAAGGACUCUUUCGAUCUGUUCCAAAACUCCAGCUUGACCCCAGUACAGACCAGCUCAUAACCAGAGGCUUCUUUACAGUGACCACCCGCCUAGUGCACAAAAAAAUGCAGCAACUCUUCAGUGAAGAUGACAGAGAGGGUAGGCAGCAAAGACAAGGACAGAGAAAGAGACCGAGAGAAGGGUUCCGCUGAGGGCGGCCCGGGGAAGGAGGCAGCAGACAAGAGGAAGAGGAACCGUGCCACUGAGAAGGUGCUCAACUCCAGCAGCAACCCCUCCAGCCCCGGUGGAGCCAAGCGGAGAAGGACGUAGGCCAAGCCACCAUGAGGCGCCCUCGAGAUAUCAUCCACUGCAGAGAGCAGGAGACACCAGGGAGAGGAGGAGAGACCUGGGACUGGAGAGACUCAUCUGUGAAGCCUGGAGGGAAGAGGAGGGAGAGAAUGACAGGAGAGUGACAUUUUAUAAGUAAUAGAUUGUAGAGCUAUUUGGACAAUGCUGAAUUUGUGGACAGGUAUCCAGGAUACCUCAUGAAGAACUUUUAAGCCCACAGAAGCUGCAAUUUUAGUAUGUUGUGUUUUCUCAGAACAACUAGAAAGAUGUAGCAUUCCCUGUUGCCACACAAUCUCUGAAAGCCACACCGCAAAAGCAGUGUGAUGACUACAACACUGAAUCGUAUCGGUCAUGAUGAUCAAUAUACUGUCACAGCAUCUGGUAUAUUUGGACCAUCCCGUCCCACCAGUCCUCAGCUGUGCUGUGGAUCAGAGGCCAGCAUGACAGUUUACUAAUAUUGACACAAUUCAAGCUGAUGCAUAUCAAUGCUUCUGCAUUGAUGUCAGAAUAAGUGUAAUGGUACUAGUGCUUGUGUUAUGUGAAGUUCUCUUGUUUGGCCUUGGAGAAAUGCUGGACUACUAAAUCCCAUCAAUACACUGUAUGUGACUGGCUGGACGCUUGCAUUAAUUCAUUGUCAUUUUUUUUAGUUCUGAACUGUCACAAGUGGUUAUAAACAAAUGUAUAGAGCUACUCAUGGUAGUGUACCUCAUCCACCUCUUCCAGUGACUGCCAACCAGAUGGUCAUUGUGCAUCCUUAUAUCUGUAUAAACUGUAGUUGCCAGUGGUGCAAAAUGUUGGUAAUUUUCCUUAUUUUUUCCCACAGUCAUUAUUUGAUGUAAUUUUGUCCUUGGUGAUUAUUAAAUCAGCAUGUUUUGGUAAUUGCUCCCAAUUUUUUUUUGGUCUGUCUCAAUGACUGACUUCUCAGAAUCAAAUAAAACAAUGUGUAGCUGUAGUCUCCAUCCAUGUGAGAUAUGUUAUUUUGUUUGUCUAUUUAUUUGACAUGCUCCAUUUUAAGGCAUUAAAUAUGAGUUUGGACUAA